AUGGAAGAGGGGAGUAAUAGUGAAACUGCUAGGAAGAAGGAUAGGGGUGACAAGAAUGCGGCGCUUGCUGAAGGACCAUGGUUUAUAUACGACAAUUAUUUAACUGUGAAAGAAUGGUCUCCAGAUAUUCACCUGGAGAGUGCAAUAAUAAAAGAGGUGGCAGUUUGGAUCAGAAUCUCAGGCUUGCCUAUUGAAUAUUAUGAUUCAAAGGUCUUGCAUGUUAUUGGAGAUCUUGUAGGAAGAACAAUCAAAGUGGACAAGAAUACGUUGCAGAGAGAACGAGGAAAAUAUGCGAGGAUAUAUAUCGAAGUUAAUGUGUCACAACCUUUGCUUACUAUGUUUUCUAUCAAGGGGAGCAUGUACAAAAUUGAAUAUGAAGGACUUCAUAUGUUAUGUCUUAGCUGUGGCAGAUUUGGUCAUUACAGAUAUGGAUGUCCGGAAAAACGUAUAGAGCUGGUUAAGGUGAAUAAUCAGGUCACGUUAGAAGGAAAAGAUGGGCAAGCCAUGCCGAUGGUUGAAGCGGGAAGAAACAACAAGCAGGAUGGUCCGUGGCAAGUGGUUCAAAAACAACGGCGUGGAAAAAAGAUUCUGGACACCAAGAAGAAGCAAAUUCCACAUAAUGCUGGGAGUGGAAAAUUUGGUUCCCGAUUUUCAGCGCUGAACGGGGAGGAAGGAGAAACGAGCGGGACAAAAAAGGAUAGUAAUUAUGGGCAUGCAAAUUUCGUGGAAAAAAAUAAUGACGUUAUGAUUGGAAAAAAAAAUAAUGAUGAACAAGGGUAA